AUGAUGACCCGCGCCAUCGACUGGGUCACCAACACCGCCACCAAACAGCGCUAUCCUUGGCUGGAAACGUCUCGAAUCUCGGUCUCGGGGAUGAGCUGCGGUGGCGUUGAGGCGUACACGGCGGGAGUAAACGACAACAGGGUCACCACCAUCGGGAUUUACAACUCGGGUCUGUUGAGUGAGCAGGAGAGCAGGAAUGUUGUGCCGAGAAUCAACAAGCCAAUCUUCUACUUUAUGGGAGGCCCCAGUGAUAUCGCUUUCAACAACGUGGGUGUUUCAUCGCGAAUGAGGGUUGGAAAGAAGCUGACAGAAGACCAGGGCGAGAGAGACUACCGACUUCUUCCGCAAUCCACACCGACCUGGAAGGGCAACUUGAACGUUGGGCACGGCGGAACCUAUGGUGACCAAAACGGCGGCAAGUUUGGUGUUGCUGCUGUCAGGUAUUAUCAGUGGGUUUUGAGAGGUAACGCGACUGCUGCCAACUUCUUCACCAACAAUCAGGAGGCGAGCCGAGAUGGGUGGAGUGUCGAGAGCCGAAGCUUGGGGAAUCUGAGGGUGAAUCCCAUCUAA